GAAUAAGCUGUUGCCAUAGUAACUGUUGUUAGCUGGAGCAGAUUUGUUGUUGGCUAAAUUUGGAGCUGGUUGUGUUGAUGUUGUUGGCGUCAGUUGUGUUACUAUUUUCUGGCUUGAGGAAAAGCUAAUCAAAUAUACACAAACGCGUUUUAUUUCUGCUCUGAUUUGGAUCGGCACUGGAGGACAGAAGAUGUCAGGAGAUCUUGUAGCUGUGUGGGACGUGGCUUUGAGUGAUGGUGUGCACAGGAUUGAAUUUGAACAUGGCACAACCACAGGGAAACGGGUCAUUUACAUCGAUGGAAAGGAAGUGAUAAGGAGAGAUUGGAUGUUCAAACUGGUUGGAAAGGAGACUUUUCAUGUGGGUGGUACAAAUACAAAGGCCACUAUUAACAUAGAUGCAGUGAGCGGCUUUGCAUAUGAAUACACUCUUGAGAUUAAUGGACAGAGCCUGAAGAAGUACAUGGAGAAUCGCUCCAAAGUUACCAGCACAUGGCUCCUCAACCUUGAUGGCAUCGACUGCAGAGUGGUUCUGGAGAAAGAUACCAUGGACAUAUGGUGCAAUGGACAGAAAAUGGAAACAGCUGGUGAGUUUGUUGAUGACGGCACAGAGACGCACUUCACUCUGGGCGACCACGACUGCUGCAUCAAGGCUGUGAGCAGCGGCAAGAGACGAGAUGGCAUCAUUCACACGCUGCUGGUGGAUGGCAUGGAAAUCUCCGAGUCAGAGUGAUCUGUGUGAAUGAGUGUGUGAGUGUGUUUCGAUUAUCAUGAGAAGAGUGUAUAUAUGGAUGCUGGGAUAUCAUGUUCUCAAUUAUGACCACCACCGAUGAGCAUUCGCUGGUUCAGUAAUGGACUAUUUUGAGGCGUAAGAGACAAACACAGUGUACUUUUAUUGCUACAUACCUCACAUAACAUCAGUGUAUAAGGUUUUUUAACCCUAUAAAUGGUUAAUUUCUCAAUUUCAUGUCAGUUUGGUUUUUAUCAUCAGUGCAGUUAUCUGUGACACAGAAAGAUGUGAGGAUCCCUGGACCUUUACUGGAUAGUUUGAUAUGAUGGGCAUGUCAGGUCUAGGCAAUAUUGAAGUCAAAAUGUUUAUUCUUUGUGAAGUAGCACAAUCAUCUUCUCAAAAGCAUAGUGGUCUAGUGGUCUAAAUGUGAAUUAAGUGUGAACGUGUACUUGUUUAGAGUAUUUGGUCCAGAAUCUGAUCCAAUCUGACCAGCCACUGACUCAUAAAUAGGGUCAGACUACAGCAAUAACAUUCAGUAGGAUGUACAAUAUUUUUUCAAUUCAAUACUUUUAUGUGACUUUGUGUUUGGAGACACUUUGGCUCAAGGCCUUGGGACAAGCAAGAUUACUCUUUCCUGUCAUUCAGGCUUCAUGUAUCUGGUGAAUUUAAGGUGAUGUGACAUGCUAGUCCCCUGUUGGCAUCAGCUUCCUUCUGAAAAAUGAUCUUAUGUUGAGAUUGAAAUGAAAAAUGGUCAGAAUCUAAAUAUGAAUUAUGCUAUAUUUCUUUUAAUCAAGUUUUAUUUAUUUUUCCUUGGUAGAAUAAAAAUUUGAUUUGUAUUUAAAUGUUCUAUAGUGUCCUUCAUAAGUAUUGGGACAGUAAAGACAUUGCUCUGUUUACUGUGGAGUCAAGAAACCUGUAAAUAGGAUUAUAAGAUGAAUAUGAGAGAAAACUACAGAAUGUCACAUUCUGAGUCUUGCAUUCGAUGAUGACACACACAAACCAGGAUGAAGACGAGGGAGCUGACUUUGAGAGAAAAGCAAGCAAUUUGGAUGCUAAAAGAAAAGAGGACGCUAUAGCAAAAACAAAGGGCAUGGAGAAAUCAAGAGUUUGGAAGCCACCGACAACAUCAGCAACCAACAACGAUCUGAUCGGCUGAGAAAACAACAGUAGUUGAUGACAGAGAAAUCACAAAAGCAAGCAAGAUGCAAACGAAUUUGGAUUUGGAAAUGAAUUUGGAAGGGUACAAAACCAUCUUGGCUACCAAUAUUCAAGAAAAUACCACCAGACUCAUUAGAAAGCACUUCAUAUUGGAUCAGAACAAUGACCCAAAACACCCUGCCAGUUCAGUCAAGGAGUUUAUCAGGGCAAAGAAUUGGAAAGCCUUAGAUUGCCCAGUUCAAUCUCCAGAUUUAAAUCCGAUUGAACAUGAAUUUCACCAGCUGAAGAGGAGCGUGCAGGCAGAAACUCCCCAAAACAAGCAACAAUUGGAAUUGGCUGCAUUAAAGGCUGGGAAAAGCAUUUCAGAGGAUGAGACCAAGAGUCUGGUGAUGUCUAUGGGUCGGAGACUCACUGCUGUGAUUGUACACAAGGGAUCUACAACUAAAUAAUAGCUUUUAAUCUUUUAUAUCUGCCUUAAGUUCAUCUGUCCCAAUACUUAUGCUUGCAUCAAUGAGUGGGAUGAACUCUAAAAGUGUUGUCCUUUAUAUUUGGUAAAACAUGUAUGUGUUGAAACAGCUAAUAUUAAAAUGUGACAUUCUGUA